AUCUUACCUAAUGCAGGAAAACCAGUGUAACCAGAGCUGCAAGUACGGCAUAGAAAAGUAAAUUGCCACACCGAACGAAACCCUUCAAACUUUUCCACUCGGACGAAUUCCUAUUUUAAAAGUCCUCGGUGAAAUUCGUACACAACAUAAGGCAUCAAUUCUUCGGGAGUAGUAGCAGGCAUGAAACUCGAAGGAUCUAGUAUGCACCAUCACAGCCAAUCAGAUACAGGGGGGAGGUUUGGGGGCUGUGAUAAUCAAGUGACGAGUAACAUCGCGGCUGAAAACUCACGCUUAUCUUCGUGGGGAGGUUUUGGGGAUGCUAAACACCUCGUUGCUUUCAUUUCAUGACUACGCCCCCUUGUAUUUGUGGCUUAAGAGGCAAGUAGUCGCAUUCUCUACAACGUUCCUUCAUAGUCUUGCUUUGUCACUCAUUAUAUCUGGAUACCUCAUCUUCGAUAAAACUACGAUACAUGGACUCUGCACCGGGAAAACAAGAUGCACCAGCUAGCCUGUGGGAGAAGGCCUUCGAUUCCUUGCCCGACGAGGACAAGAAAUCGUUCAAGUCGAAUGGUAGUCAUACACGACUCCAACCGUCCGAAAUAGUCCAGGUCAUUGAAGAGAAGAAGAAAGACUGCGAGAAGAAACAAUGGGCCUUCUACACCACUGAAGAAGGCGAGAGAAUACUAGUCCGAGAUACACUAGGCAAAGUAUGCGACUGGCUUAAUAAGUUUAAGGAGAUCGGCGAUGCAGCAGUCCAGUUCGACCCUGGCUACGCCGCCCUGCCUUGGGCGGCUGUGAGGAUCCUCCUCCAGAUGUCAGUCAAUGAUUGCCAGACAUUUGGUAAUCUGAUAGAAAGCAUUGAGGCUGUGUCGAGUAUCGUGGCCAGGUAUACCGAACUUGAAGCCAAAGUUCUUUUCCGGACUUCAAACCUCACCAAACAGCUUUCGGCUGCGCUGGUCAAGCUUUAUGGCUCUGCCUUGAAAUUUCUCGCUCAAGCAAUACAGUAUUACGGACAGAGUACCUUCAAACGACUCAUCAAAAGUACUAUCCACACCUCUAAGUCUAUAGUUGAAGAGCCCAUGCUUUCUAUUGAAAAACAAGAGGACGAAGUGUUCAAAUUAGUUGCUCUUGUGCAAGACGAAGUUAAUGGGAUUCGGCUGGACGAUAUCAUCAAUCGCAUUCAACGGAGUGUGGAAAGCUCACAUGCCUCAAGCGAGGAGCGAUUAAAGCGUUUAUCAGCCUGGAUCAAUGGUAUCAAUACCCAGAACACAUACGAAACCGCGCUCCAAUACCAUCAUAGUGGGACUUGCGAGUGGGCGAUUGAGUUACCCGAGUUUCGUACUUGGAUUUCAAACGAUGAUCCUGAAGCGCGGCUACUAUGGAUCCAUGGACCAGCCGGAUUUGGAAAGACUUUCUUGUCGGCGUGGAUGAUUCGAUAUCUUGAGCAACUUAAACAGGCACCUCUGUCAUACUUCUUCUGUGUGGCUGAUAACCAGCUAACCCGAGAUCCAUACGCAAUUCUUCGGUCCUGGCUCACGCAAAUGCUCGAGCAGAGUGACAGGGUCAUGUCGGUCAUGAACUCUGUUUAUAAGGUGCGGAAGCAGGAGCAAACACUUACUCACCUUGGAUUGUGGGAAUUGUUUACGUCCGUAGGUGAAGCUGUUGAGGGCUGCACUUUCGUCAUUGACGGCUUUGACGAAUGUAUCGACAUUGAUACGGGCGCCCGUUACCACCACAACGACCCGAGGAAUCUCUUCCUCUGCGAUUUGCUUAAGAACCUACAGAAGACGAAGUCGCGAGUCAUGGUAGUUAGUAGAGAUGUUCCUGACAUCAGAGAAUACCUAGGACAAGACGUCCCUAGCGAAGGUGAUACCGUGAAGAAGUUAGAGUAUGGUAUAACGGCUAAAGAUACCACUAGAGAUGUGCGCUCUUUUUCGGAGUAUAUGGUUAAUAAGAAGCUUUCCAAGAAAAAAGAAGAGCUACGACAGCGGAUCGCCAGCCAAGCUGCCGAAAGGAGCGAGGGUAUGUUCCUAUGGAUUAAACUUUUGGAGCAGGAAAUAUCCCCCGGGCAAAAUGCUAAGCAGCUCACAAGGACGGUCAUUGAAAUGCCCUCAGGCAUAAGCGACGCCUAUUCUCGUGAACUGGAAAAGAUUAUCCGAAUGCCUCCGGAUGAGAAGGAAAAGGCCGUCAUGAUUUUAAGAUGGACCCUGUUUGCCAUACGACCUCUCCAAGUCAAACAACUCGCAGAAGCAUUAGUUGUCUCAGAAGAAGACCUUGACGAGUACCCAGAAGAUGACUUGCCGGACUCAUGGAACAAUGGCUUUGUCGACGAAGAUUAUGUGAAAGAGAUGAUCUUAGGCCGAUGCGGAUCCUUGUUGCAGCUGAGAGCGAGCUCAUCGGACGUACCGUUAGCCGACCAUACGGUUCACUUCGUCCACUUCUCUGUCAAGGAAUAUCUUUCUAAUCUGGCGAACCAUGUUGCUACUAACCGAGCGGCAGUGGAAUUGGGCCUUACAGAUCCGGUAGCUGAAGAGAAACGGCUCUCGUACAUUUGUUUGCGAUACCUCACAUUGAACACAUUCGAGGACAUCCUUCCUAGUACCGAAGUGUACCCGUUCCUUUCUUAUGCCGCCUGGGCUUGGUAUUUCCAUAGCUUUCAUGAAAAGCCGGCACCAUCUCAAGACAUCAUGCAUCGAACACAAAAGGUUUUCGACCCUACUACUACUAGCUGGAGGGUCUGGACGCCGCUUAUGGAAGCUGAAUUAGCUGAUCCAGAAAUGGAUGAAUGGGAGAACGUUACCAGCGAUGGUGAGACCGACUCAAAGACAGAUAGCGAGAGCCACGACAAGUCUCUCCUCCAAGUGCAGAACCCGAUAUACUAUGCCGCGCUCCUUGGCCUUAUAGAUGUUGUAAAGUGGCUUGAGGACCAGGGUCUUGAAUUCGGUAGCGCGGGCGGUCGCUUUGGGUUUCCAUUGCAGGCGGCUGUCACGCGAAACCACGAAGACCUGGUAAAAUACCUGUUGAAUCGCAAUGUUGACGUAUCACAAAAGGGUGGGCAAUUCGGCGCGUCCAUUGUUGCUGGCGCUGCCAUGGCAAGCCCACGCAUUGUUCAAAUUAUCCUCUCUGCUGGGGCCGACGUAACAGCAGUUGAUGAGUCCAGGUAUACAGCGCUACAUCACGCCGUAAAACGUGGAAAUCUCGAGAUUGUUAAACUACUCCUCGACUAUGGGGGUGAUGUCAAUGCAGUGGCCGCUGACAACGCGACGGCGGUAAGUUUAGCUUGUUCGUACGGGCAUAAAGAUGUGCUAUCUGUUUUGGCUCAAAAGGGAGCGGACCUAACGCGUGACGGUCGCAAUGCUGGAACACCUCUGCAAGCAGCCAUUGAAGAAGGUGAUGAGGGCCUCGUGGAUGUGCUACUAACCAACGGGGUCUCAGCUAACACAGUCUUCCCAAACGGAUCAUGUGCAAUCACCCACGCCAUCCAGUCGUUGAAGUUAGUCGUUAAGCUGCUCAAGUAUGGAGCCGACCCGCAUAUGGCGGAUAAGAGAGGGUGGGCACCAUUACCACUGGCUGUCGCUUACGGAAAUAUCGACGUUCUUAAGGUCCUAGUUGAUGCCGGAGCUAGCGUGGAUUGUGAACCCAAUCUGAACUCCUCGAUAAACUGCCCACUACAAGUUGCCGUCAUCAACAACCAGCUGCUGGCCGCGAAGUUUCUUGUUGAACAUGGUGUUGAUUUGAAUCGAAAGACAAAGGGUGGCCUCACAGCGUUGAUAUUCGCUGUACGUAGGCAGUAUAAGGACAUGGCGGAAUGGCUGCUGGAUGCGGGGGCCUCGAUACAAGGUAUAUUCGAAAGUAACCAGCAAUCUCUCUUUGACAUUGCAGCUCAGGAUUCUCAGCCAGAAAUCAUGCGGCUUUUAGUUCGCCGAGGCUGCUUUCAGAUCCAGACGCGUGGCAACCAUUCAGAUGGAGUUAUGUCAACGAAGGCUCGAGAAGACAAUAGCCUUGUCAUUCUGGCGUAUAAUGGUGAUAUUGCAGGCGUAAGGAAGCUUCUAUCUGAGUCGAGUAGCCCUCUACCUAUCCAGGUCCUCGGUGAGGCAUUGCACGCUGCCUCGGCCCAAGGACACCUACCUAUCGUAGGGUUUCUGCUAAAGAACCGCACGAGUGCCAGCGUCGUAGACAUCAAUGGGCGAAUAGCACUUCACCAUGCUGCCAAGCAUCUCCAUUUCGAUGUCGCGGACCUCCUCGUAGAACAUGGUGCAAGCAUUACCCUUGAGGAUAUGAUUGGUUCGACACCGAUUGACCUGGCAAUUCAGUCAGGACAAAAGGCCAUUGAAUUUAUUCAAAAUCAUAUGGACGACUUCACGCUUAAUAUUAGUCGACGGCCAUCGCUUUUAGCCGUCACUCCAAACCCAUCGACGAACCUUACCGCCAUGGGUGCUAGAAAGGCCAUCUCGGGCUCAUGGACUGGUCAUUAUAAGUAUCUCUCCUGGCAAGAGGGCCGGAGAGAUCCCUUUACGAUUAAUAUCCCAGCAUCCCCACCCCAAGGCGCGCAACCGAGUACUUUCUCAGACGAAGGCGCGGACGUCAUCGGGCCAUUUCAGUUUCAUGGCUUUGUUGAUUCGAUAGGCACUGUUUGGUUCGUUAAGCUAUACAAGGAAUUGGGGUGGCUUUAUCGCGGGCAAGUAGAUCCGGAAAAGGGUAUUCUGAAAGGGACAUGGGGUAGCAACAGGAAGUUGUGGUUUGGGACUUUUCAACUUGAGUCCUCUUUGGGUUUACACAUUGGGCUGGAUUGAAGUAUGGCCUAUGCGAUAUUACCUGGGUGAUAAGGAAAUUGUUUGAAAAGUGAGUAGGGUUUGAAUUUUUUGGGACUUGGGACUUCGUUUAGAGGCGGACUCUUUCCAGUUGCUCCUUCUCCUAAACCCAGCUGCAUAUAGGGUGCAUACAUAUAGUUAACUCAACCUUAUUGAAUGCAGGUGCAUAUGCAUCUUCUCCAAUACCUUCUAAACCUUCCAGCUAGCGGAAGGCGUAUUUAAGUUAAUUGAUUAAUUGGAUUAAAUGGGUAUAGUGAUCAAAGAAGACGCCUAAUACCCACGUAUGAUGAGAGUUUUGAGAGUUGAUACUGUGUUUCUCUUUUCAAGCUGGUAAUGCCUUUGCUAGGGUUGGUUCGUCAAAACUCCACAGGCGUGAAAUAUUCUUUAUCGAGAAGCCUAAGUGGAGACUUGGCGAUCUAAUUUUAUUACAUGGGUAAUUCUUCACCAAUUGAAGCCCUACGCCAUAUAGGAAAUCAGGUUUUAGG